AUGGGACAACGAUUUACACCACCACAAGGGUCCGGUCACCAACCACCACAAUACCCAAGCCGACAGUCGACCUCAACUACGACGACACCGCAGGUUACUGUACUCACACAAGAGGACGGACCGGGGCACGAUAGCCAGUCGGCCACGGAGUUACAUAUACACUCCAUCCUAACCAAUGACAUCGAGCAGGCCGCGGAUACACAAACGGAUACAUCGCAGUCCCAAUGGACUCCGAUAACAAAGAAACACUGA